AUGCUCCAAGGAAAACUUCACUCUCAGGAAUUUGAACGUCUCGUCGGAUUCGUGUGCAUGGUGUUCGGGAUGGAGGAACUCCAUGCCAACAUGGCAAAGGACUCUUUGCAUUUCGUCGGUCGACCUGUUUCCAAUCGUGGUGAGGGAUCCCCUGACGUUGAUAAUGGCAUGUUCACGAAUACACAGAGCCCUUCGACUAAGCAAGUGCGAUCGGUAGCCGCCCGCGUUAACGCGGAUAGCUACUUCUUGGAGUCUAAUAAUAAUGUGCCUAUCUACGAUGCACAGAAUGCGCCCGACUUCAACCUCUCGAGAGAUUUGCCUAGACUUCCCAAGGCACUUCCUGCAUGGCAGGGUGAAAUUCCUUACGGGUCAUUCGUUAUGGUGGGUUAUACUGUUGCCGUAUACAAGUCCAACGCAGGGAGAUGGACUGUUAGUUGUAACAUUCAGUGGGCCAUCGUAAUCGGUACUCCCGUCGACGACGAAUAG